UAUUUUUAAUAUGAGGGAGGGGGUUCCCAGAAAAUACCUCCUCCUGCUGUUCCUCAGCUCUAUCUCGUGAAUAUCAAACACUCGCCGUCUCCAUAUUGGAAGCAGAGAUCAGAAAACACGGGAAAACAUGAAGAGACAGUUUAUGACGAUCGUUUAAGCGCACAGAUGUCGGCGUUCUCCGCUAUAGCUCCAGGAGUUUAAACGCAAGCGUUCAGACAUCGCGCGGGUCAUUUAUUCAGCCCGCAUUCGGAGGUUUCAUGGUCAGUUCGCUAACGCUAUCCUAUAUUAGCAAUCCAACCUCCAACUACUUGUUAGCCAUUCGGCGCUGGCGCAGUUGAUUUUUGUAAUGCGCAUCCGCACGGGCUGAUUGAUCAAAUGUGUGUCCGCGACGCGUAUUUUAAUGCAACAAAACGCAAAGAUUAGUGGUCGGGUGCAGUCCGUUCGCCCACGCUAGCCUGAGCGACAGCAGUCUGCUGGCUGGCUGGAGAUCUGCCAUUAACUCGACUAGCUGUUAGCACAACCUGAAACACGGACACGGCCAGAACUCGCUGGAAAAAGGAGCUAACAUCUCGUUUCCAUGGACAACACGUCCAUAAUAACGCAGGUUACGAACCCCAAGGAGGAGGAGAUACUCUCGUCAAAUGCUGAGAAAGUUUCGCUGUCUAACAGCAGCCUGAAGAAAAAAAGGACUCGCAGCAUCUUCAGCUCGUUUUUCUGCUGUCUGAGGAGUUACGAUGCCGAGCCCCCCGCCACCCCCAACAACAACAGCAGCCCUCUGCCCCCACCUGUGGAGGAGAACGGAGCUCCACCAAAGUGUGACCAGGUUGAGGUCAUCCCUAUCCCCAGUCCUCCAGAGAAGUACCUCCUGCCUGAGGUUAACAUAAAUGACUAUGGGAAGAAGUGUGUGGUAAUAGACUUGGAUGAGACUCUGGUGCACAGCUCGUUUAAGCCUAUUAGCAAUGCUGAUUUCAUCGUCCCAGUGGAGAUAGAUGGCACAGUGCAUCAGGUGUAUGUGCUCAAAAGGCCGCACGUUGACGAGUUCCUGCAAAAAAUGGGCGAGCUGUUUGAAUGUGUGCUUUUCACAGCCAGUCUAGCCAAGUAUGCCGACCCGGUGGCAGACCUGCUGGACCAGUGGGGUGUGUUUCGGGCACGACUCUUCCGUGAAUCCUGCGUUUUCCACAGAGGGAACUAUGUCAAAGACCUUAGUCGGCUCGGGAGAGAGCUCAGGAACGUCAUCAUUGUGGACAACUCCCCUGCAUCCUACAUUUUCCAUCCUGAAAAUGCUGUUCCCGUGCAGUCGUGGUUUGAUGACAUGACUGACACGGAGCUCCUGGACCUGCUGCCUUUCUUUGAGGGACUGAGCAAAGAGGAGGACGUGUACGGGGUGCUGCAGAACCUGAGGGGCAGGUAGCAGCCUGAGCCGCAGCGCCUGACGAGGGGCCAGUGAAGUCCCCCGGUGGAGAGCAGAGGAGCCGCUCCGCUCAGCUCCCAGCUCCUCUCUGCUCCAGCCUGCAGUCCUCACCUCACCGAUACCACCAUGACAUGCACACAGUGACAUGAACAGACUUUUAACAUUUAGUGGACACUCAAAUAUUUCUCUUUUGAAAAGUGCUUAUGAUAAACCAAAAAAAAUCAACCUUUUCUUUCCUUUUUAUGAAAUGAAAAUAUUCAAGUCAUAACCAUUCUUUGAGGUGUUGCUAUGCAGGUAGAAAUCCGUAGGGUUAAAGGACUGUGGGGUUUCCUCUCCGACCCAACAAAGUGCCUUUUUUGAAUGUCAUUUUUACGGGGGAAAUUAACAUUUUGUACACGACAUAUUUCCAGAGAACCUAAUCUUUACAAGAAAUAUAUGCUUUAAAACGGAGGCAGGUCAGUCUCUUUUUAUAAAAGCACUGUUAAAGAGGCCAGAGAUUUUUAAUUAUGUAAAGCUGGGUACACGUCUCCAUCUUUGUUCUUCUUGUGCUCCUUUUAUUUUCAGUUUUGCUUUAGCUUGUGCCAUUAUAUAGACUGAUACUAUUAUCUAGACUUGUAUAUGUUUAGUUUGUUUUCUAAGAGCAAAGGAAUGCAUUUGCACUUGUUAGGUUACUCUUCCAGUAUACCGCAGCCUCUUUUGCCAACUAACCUAGGAGAAACGAUCUUAAACCGAAGAUUGUAUCGUGCCAAUCGCUCAUAAUUUUAAAAACGUUUCGUUUUCAGCAAACAGGCCAGCCGCUAAUAUUGGUGCUGGAGACAAAUGUUUGGACAUUUCAAAAAUUGUUUUAGUCGCUAGUCUUUCUUGAAACGUUACGUUGAUCUGAAUGCCUUUGGUGAAGUAGCGUAGACACUGCAGUUGUUCCCCCGGCUGUAUUAGUAAGGGGAAGUGUCCUUUAUGGAAGCCAGGAUGCACAAUUGCAAAUGUAUCCCUUUUAUCGUUUUUAAUUCUUUUGUCGUUCAUCGUUUGAGUCGUCGAGAAUUGGUACAGGUUCAUCAUCUUUUUAUUUUUUAAUUAGUUUCGACUUGUUUUAAACCUUACCCUGCUGCUGCUACCACUGUACACUACACUACAAAAGACCUCCCUGUAGGUGCGACCAGUACCAGCCCAGGGACUAGAGCGCUGUGCAGCUUGUGCCAGAGCAUCGUUCAUAGGCGAAACGGACGUUUUUAAUCGCAGUCGGGCCUUAAAGGGUUUGCUCUUGUCCUGUUGCGGUGCAGCCCUCCUGUAGAAGUAAACGGAGGCCUUUUCUCCUGAUGAGAUUCUGGUUCUGAGUUUUGAAAGUGCUCGGCGCAAGCUGUGCAGACUCUGCAUCACCGCAGUGCCUAAGAUGAGAGGAGCAGUGGCGGCAUGUCCCGAUCCACUGCUGAACAGGCAAUAACCUCUCUUUCUCUCUCUCUGCCCAGAGUCCGCCACGUCACAGUUCAGUCCUGUUUUUUUUUUUUUUUUUUUUAAUUCCCUCAGUCUUUCUUCGUCUACCUCUCUCCAUCUCUCUUCAUCCUGUUCCGCAGCAGGCGAGGGAGAGCAAUUCAUUCUCACUUUUAUGGUCUUCUGUCAGUAUUUGAACUGUAUGCUUAUGUUAUCCACACCUGCUGUUUUCUGCUUGUUGACGUUCUGUACAGCCUCUCCUAUCGUCGACUCUUUCAAAUCUGCUGGUUGUUGAAGAUCUUCUUGCUGUCUAGAUAUUUGGCUUGCUUUUUAUAUCUAAUCGUUAAACACAAUACUUCUCACAUUUGCAAAUGUCACUUUUUUUUCUUUUUUUAAAAAAAUACAAUUAACUCCAGGUGACAGCGUUGAAACACUAUUGGUUUAGCUCACGAUUUUUAUUUACUUUUGUUCUGUGUUUUUCACUUCUAAACUGUAGGGUGCUGUUUUUAACACACAUUGUUUUCGUGAUGUCACGCCAAUGUUUUAAAGCGGCACGUCCAAUUAAAUUAUGCCUUAUUUUCUUUGAUAUUUUUCAGUAAGCCAUACAGACACGAUUUACUCUGGGCUUGAAAUCAGUUCGGAGAGGCUGUACAGUGCUGAUGUUUGGAGUAUAUUUCAAGUUGAAUUCAUGGUUGUCGCAAGUUUUCUUCCGGACUCUGACAUGUUAUAUUAAAGCACCUUUUUAAAAAACAA